GGAAGCGGAAGCCGCGGUGGCGCCGGGGAAGGGCGGAAGUGCGGGCGGAGGGGAGGAGAUGACGGUGCACAACCUGUACAUCUUCGACCGGGGGGGGACGUGUCUGCACUACAGCGAAUGGCACCGGCGCCGCGGGGCGGGGAUCCCCCGCGAGGAGGAGUUUAAGCUGAUGUUCGGAAUGCUCUUCUCCCUCCGCUCCUUCGUCACCAAAAUGAGCCCCACUGAUAUGCGGGACGGCUUCAUCUCCUUCCACACCUCCAAAUAUCGGCUCCACUACUAUGAGACGCCAACGGGGCUGCGGUUGGCGCUCAACACGGAUCCCGGCGUCACCAGCGCCCGCGAAGCCCUUCAGCACAUCUACAGCCACUUGUUCGUGGAACUCGUGGUGAAGAACCCCCUGUGCCCCCCCCGGCAGCCGGUGCAGAGUGAGCUCUUCCGCUCCCGCCUCGACGCCUUCGUCCGGGGGCUCCCCUUUUUCGGGCCCCGCCCCGCCUGAACCCCCAAAUACUGCCCCCCCAAAAAAAGAACCUGUACCCCAACUCCCCCCCAAAACCUCUCCCAAACCCCCCAUUCUCCCCCAAAUUGGGAGGGUACCCCCAAAUUCUCCCCACCAGGCACCCCA